CUCACCAUACAAAACCUCAAAUGAAAAAUCUCCUUUUCUCAUAAAAACAUAUUUUUCCAGAAAAUCCAAAUUCUAUUUUCUCUGGAAGAUCAUUCCUCGCGAACUCUCCUCUUCUCGGGAGCGAAGAAUUUGGAUUUCCAAUACAAACCAUUCCCUGCUUUCUUGUUCAGAUAUAAGUGCUCCGAAAUGUCUAAACUUCAAAAUAACCCUUUUCUACAGUCUGAAACAACAUACGGAUCACUUCUUUAUGAGCUUAAGAACAUUUGGGAUGAAGUUGGGGUGUCUGAGACCGAAAGAGAUAAAACAUUAUUUGAGCUCGAACAGGAGUGUCUAGAGGUGUACAGAAGAAGAGUAGAUCAGGCAAAUCAGUCGAGAGCUCAGUUAAGGCAGGAAAUUGCUGAUUCUGAAGCUGAACUUGCAGCCAUCUGUUCAGCAAUGGGAGAGCGACCUAUACAUACUAGACAGCCUGAUAAAAAUGCUGGAAGCUUGAGGGAAGAGCUUGAAAUUGUUCUUCCAGAGCUGGAGGAGAUGCGGAAAAGGAGGUCUGACCGAAGAAAUCAAUUUAUUGAAGUCCAAGAGCAGAUGCAAGGUAUAUCUAAUGAGAUCUAUGGGCCCAGAGAAUCUGCUCCUAUCAAAAGUAUCAUAGAGGAAUCUGAUCUAACCUUGAGAAAGCUUGAAGAAUUGCAUAGACAGCUGCAUACACUUCAAAAAGAAAAGAGUGAACGUCUCAAGAAGGUCCAAGACCAAUUACAUACAGUAAAAUCUUUAACGUCAGUGCUUGGUUUGGACUUUAAGCAGACACUCUGCGACCUUCAUCCUAGUUUAGGGUAUUCUGAAGGAUCUAAGAGUGUAAGUGAUGAUACAAUCCAGCAGCUCAGUGCUUCUAUACAAAAACUGCGGGACGUUAAAUUACAGAGAAUGCAGAAGCUCCAAGAUCUUGCAACGACUAUGUUGGAGCUCUGGAACUUGAUGGAUACACCAGUCGAAGAGCAACUGAAGUUUCAGAAUGUCACUAGUAACAUAGCUGCUUCAGAACAAGAAAUGAUUGAGCCUAACACCUUGUCUGUGGACUUUAUUCAUUACGUUGAGGCGGAAGUAACUAGGCUAGAAGAGAUAAAAGCAAGCAAAAUGAAAGAGCUUGUGUUGAGGAAAAGGACGGAGCUAGAAGAGAUUUGUCGAAAGACACAUUUGGUUUCAGAAGUAGACAGUGCAAUUGAAGCUGUUGUUGAAGCUAUAGAGUCAGGAUUUGUAGACCCAGCUUGUGUGCUCGAGCAAAUUGAGCUUCAGAUUGCCAAAGUCAAAGAGGAAGCUUUUAGCCGAAAAGAAAUACUUGAGAAGGUUGAGAAAUGGCUGGUAGCACGUGAUGAGGAGACUUGGCUGGAGGAAUAUAACAGAGAUGAGAAUCGAUAUAAUGCUGGAAAAGGAACUCAUCUUAUUCUCAAGCGAGCUGAGAAAGCACGUGCCUUGGUUAAUAAAAUGCCAGGAAUGGUGGAUGCCUUGACUUCAAAAACCAUCACAUGGGAAAAGGAAAGAGGAAUUGAGUUCGCAUAUGAUGGUAUCUCACUGCUUUCUAUGCUUGAAGAGUACAAUACAUUACGGGAAGACAAAGAACAAGAACGACGUAGGCAACGGGAUCUGAGGAAACUUCAUGGAAUAAUGAUAGCAGAACAGGAAGCAAGAUAUGGGUCAAAACCAAGUUCAUCAAAGCCUCAAACUCCAAGAAAGGCACCUAGGACCUCCAGUGGAGGUGCAACUAAUAAAGGGCAUGGCGGAUCAACGCUUCAAACUAUGAAACCUGAUUCAAAAGGUAUUGAAGCACGCUCAAAAAGGAAGACGGAAAAUGCACGCCAAAUUGAUGAAUAUAACCACUUUGAUGAUGGCAAUUCUUCUUUAUCAUCAGCAAGAAGAGGAUUCAAUACUGCUGGUGUCCCUGGAAAAAAGCAUUCACUUCUUGACAUAAAAUCUCCUAUGAUGAGACAACCUUUUUGUCCUAUAUCCUCAACAACGGUAUCAUCAAAAGCAAACAUGGCAGAUGAAUUGAGCAUACAGAGUGAAAAGUUGCAAAAAGCUAUUACAAUAAAAAAUGUGCCAUUCACUACGCCCUCCAAGACAGCAGCAGCAACAAUAGAAGAAGAUGAAGAGAAUAAGACUCCAAAGGUAUUGCCUAUCCCUAUCCCCACUACGCCGUCGUCUGUAGUUUCAGUUCCAUUUGGCUGUGACUUGGUGAUUCAAGAGAUUGAAUACUCUUUUGAGGAAAGAAGAGCUGGGUUUGCGUUGUGUUAGCAUUUUUUUACACAAAAAAUCUUUUCAAUUCAUUUGAAAUAGAGAAACUGGUCAAGUCCAUAAUGAUUGGCUUGUCAAUCAUGUACAUCGUCUAUCAGAUGCUCCAUUCUAGAGGUUUAUCCAUCUGAAGUCUGGGCACUGUUUUACGGUUCUGGUCAUUUAUUUAUUUGGGGUUACAUGUGCCUUUCUCAAUUUUUGGCAUAUUACAAGUACGCUUGAUUCUUUGGUGUCACUUGUAUCCAUUGCUACAACUGUCUCAGGUCUGUACAUAAGCUUUCUUUGGCCAAAAAUAAUUAGCUCAUGAGCUUUGAAAUGAUUAGUUGUAUUUUAUUUUUCAUGAUUUAUGAUAAUUUUGUAUCAUAUUGAACAUUAAA